AUGCCGCCAAAGAAGGCCCAAAAGGCCCAGAAGGACGCCGAGAAGAAGAAGAAUGCCAAGAAGGUGCAGAAGCAGCUGGAAGAUAAGACUUUCGGCCUGAAAAACAAGAACAAGUCGAAGAAAGUGCAGCAGUAUGUGAACCAGGUCACUGCACAGGCUGCGGACAAGAAAGCACAGGCCAUGGCCAAGCAGCGUGCUGCCGAGAAGAAAGCCGCCGAGGAGGCCAAGAAGGAGGCCGCCAAGCUGCUCCAGUCCUCGAUUCCGACGCAAAAGGUGCCAUUUGGAGUGGAUCCAAAGUCGAUUCUCUGUGAAUUUUUCAAAGCGGGAGCAUGCACAAGAGGCAAGAACUGUAAAUUUAGCCACGACCUUGCUGUUGGCCGGAAGGCCGCCAAGAGGGACCUGUACGCGGACGACAAGGACGAGGAAAAGAGAAACGACACAAUGGACAACUGGGACGAGGAGAAGCUGAGAAAGGUGAUUUUGUCCAAGCAUGGAAAUCCAAAGACCACCACGGACAAAGUGUGCAAACAUUUCAUUUCUGCGGUUGAGGACGGCAAGUACGGAUGGUUCUGGACGUGUCCGGACUCCGACCCCAAGCAGGGCAAGGAGUGCAAGUAUAGGCACUCGCUUCCGCCGGGCUUUGUGCUCAAGACCAAGGAGCAGAGACGGCUGGAGAGAAUGGCGUUGGAGGCACAGCCUAAGAUCACGCUGGAGGAUUUCAUAGAGACAGAGAGAGACAAGCUGCCACGAGACAAGCUGACUCCUAUCACGCCGGCUACGUUUGCAGAAUGGAAGAAGAAACACACACAGGAAAAAGAGAAGCAGAGCGAGACGGCCAAGAAGGCCCUCACAGGAAGAGAGAUCAUUAUCAAGAAGUUUGCAGACAAGUUCUACCGAGAGGAAGAUACAGGCGACAAGGGCACGGAGAUCGACAUGUCGCAGUUCCGUGUUGCGCUCGACGAGGUCGACAACGAGAACAUCAAGGACUACGGAGAUGGAAGAAAUGCAUUUUUUGAGGAAAAUAAUGCAAGUUAA